AUGGGCGUCAUAAGGAAGAAGACCGCGGCGCGCGGCACAGAUGGAGGAACCAAAUACCACUGUGAUGUCUGCUCCAUAGACAUCACAUCUACGGUUCGAAUAUCAUGCGCCCACAGCGCAUGUCCCGAAUAUGACAUGUGUGUCCCUUGCUUUGCGCGUGGAGCCACCACAAAAUCCCACGAUCCUCGAACACAUCCGUACUCUGUCGUUGAGCAGAAUUCAGUGCCGAUAUACGAUCCGGACUGGGGUGCUGACGAGGAACUCCUGCUCCUGGAAGGAGCGGAAAUAUAUGGCCUUGGUUCGUGGGCAGACAUUGCAGACCACAUUGGAGGAUAUCGUACAAAAGAUGAAGUUAGAGACCACUACAUCAAAACCUACCUUGAAGGCUCCAAUUUCCCGCUUCCUGACUUGGCCGACCCACACGAUAAGUCAUUGCAGGAACAAAUACCCAAGGAGGAAUUCCAAGCACGGAAAAAACGGCGCAUUCAAGCCCGCAAAGAGGCUGCUAAGGCCGCGCCUCCUGCAACACCAAAACAAAAACCAACUGCAUCGGUGCCAGCCUGCCAUGAAGUUCAGGGCUAUAUGCCAGGUCGACUUGAGUUCGAGACCGAAUUUGCUAACGAUGCGGAAGAGGCCGUGCAGCACAUGCAGUUUGAACCCGGAAAUGGUCUCAAUGCGAAUGGCGAGAUGGACCCUGAAAUGGAGCUUAAGAUGACGGUCAAGGAUAUCUAUAAUUCCCGGUUAACUGCAAGAACAGAACGAAAGAAGAUCGUAUUUGAACACAAUUUACUUGACUAUCGCAAGAAUGCUGCUCAAGAAAAGAAACGAACCAAAGAGGAACGAGAUCUUUUGAAUAAAGCUAAGCCGUUCGCUCGGAUGAUGAACCACGAAGACUUUGAGGAAUUUACCAGAGGCUUGGAAUAUGAACAUAACCUUAGACUUGCUAUUGCACAGCUCCAAGAGUGGAGGACGAUGGGAAUCGGUGAUCUCAAGAGUGGCGAGAAGUAUGAGCAUGAGAAAUUACAGAGAGCACAGCGCUCUGUACCCCAAGGAUCCUUUGACCGCUUCAGCACCGCUAGACCAAAAGCUCCAGCCGGGUCGGAGGGUCCAUCUGCUGCCUCCCAAUUAACGCUGCCGGAACUUCCGCUCCGAUUGCAACGGCCCGGAUCCUCCAAGGCUAACCCCUCAGAACCGCCCCUGAACGAUUUCGACAAGGCUUUUGCGAACCCAAGCUUAGCUGGCACACCUGCACCACAACCAGUGAAGACUAAAUAUACGGUUCCGCUCAUCACCGGGUUGGUUCCCUGGAAGUUUGAAAAUGACAACUCACCAGAUCUGCACCUGUUGACAAAAGACGAAGCCGAGCUUUGUAACAUCUUACAUUUGAACCCAAAGCCCUACCUGGCUAUUAAGGAGCAUUUGCUUAAGGAAGCAAUGAAACAAGGCGGCAAUCUAAAGAAAAAGGAUGUCAAGUCGAUGUGUAAGAUUGAUGCGCAAAAAUCAAGCCGUAUUUACGAUUUCAUGGUCCACAGCGGGUGGAUUUCAAAGUCGUAA